GCCAAAAUUGGAGAGUGAAUUGAUUUGUUUUGUAGAGAGAAGUGUAUGUGUUGUGAGAUUAGAUAGAGAUAGAGAUAUAGAGGUUGUCUCGUGAAUCAAAGUAAGGAAAGGAAGAAGGGAGAAAUCUUUUCUUUCUUUCUUUCUUCUGCUUCUUGUUGUUGUAUUUUUUUCUUUGUAUAAUUGAUUUUUUUUUCUGUCACACAUUCAUUCCUUGCUUCUACCUUUCUAAAUCACAAGAUCCCCAUCACUUUCUUUACACUGUUGAAGACUCUGUUCUUCUUCUUCUUCUUCUUCAUCGUUCAUUUUUUCUUUUUUAGUUUUAAGAUCAGACAUUGUGAAACCAGAUUUUAAAGUUUUGAUCUUUAUCAUUUAAUCACAAUGUCUGAAUCAAAAACAUCUGUUAAAGGGUUUGAUAAUUCGUUAACAGAUCGAUUUAGAAAAUUAAAUUCUGAAAAAAACAAACCAGAUGCUAAAGAAUUUAAUCCGGGUUCACCUGUUUCUACAUUAACUGGUCAUCGUCGUCGGAGUACUAGUAGUGGUAUCACACCUGCAACUAGUAGCAGUAGUUCUGGUUCUUCUGGUUCUCUUUCGGGAACUAAAACUAAUAGAAAUACACCUGUCAAAACAUCUUCUUCCUCUGAUAAUAGAAAUGGGAGUAAUAACAAUUCAGGGGAGCUUUCCGUUUGUAGUGAAAAUAGUCCCACAACUUCUGAAACUCUUCGAUCCAGUCCUACUUCAAAUGUUCGCACUAGUAGCAAACAUGGGCAUCUUAGAUCUUACUCAGGAAAUGUUCCUCCAUUAAUCUAUUCCGGUGGUGGUGGUAUUGCUACCAGUAGUAGCAGUAAUAGCAGUGGUGGUGGUGGUGGUGGAGGAGGAGGAGGAGCAAGUAGUUGUGUAAAUUCUCCAAGUAAUAAUAAUAAUUUUCUUCCAACCGGUAAUAUUUGUCCUUCUGGGAAAAUCGUAACGACUGGAAUGUCAUGCAAGAAUUCAUCAAGAAAUGUUGUUUUAGGUUCUGGGUCUGGGAAUUAUGGUCAUGGAAGUAUAAUGAGAGGUGGAGGAGGAGGUGGGGCUGUAGGGAAAUCCAGUAGCAGUGGUGGUGGUGAUUAUAAUAAGAAGGUAAUGACCAGUUUAGAUCCAGAGGAAGUCAAAAGGGCUGGUAAUGAAGAAUAUAACAAAGGGCAUUUUAUGGAGGCAUUAAAUUUGUAUGAUCGAGCUAUUUCAAUUUCACCAGGAAAUGCAUCGUUUCAUAGUAAUAGAGCAGCUGCAUUAACUGGGCUUGGUAGAUUGGUUGAAGCUAUUAAAGAAUAUGAAGAAGCUGCGAGAUUAGAUCCUGGUUAUGGUAGGGCACAUCAAAGAUUAGCUUCUUUGCAUCUAAGGUUUGGCCAGGUUGAUAAUGCGCGAAAGCACCUUACUGUUCCAGGGCAGCAAUCUGAUCCAUCUGAAUUACAAAAUCUACAAGAAGUAGAGAAACAUUUGACAAAAUGUGCCAAUGCCCGUAAGAUUGGUGACUGGAAAAGUGUGUUACGGGAAGGUGAUGCUGCCAUAGCUGCCGGUGUUGAUUCUUCACACCAGCUAUUUGCAUGCAGAACAGAAGCCUUAUUGAAGCUUCAUCAACUUGAAGAAGCAGAAACGAGCUUAUCAAAAAUUCCAGAUAAAAUCGAACGAUCUCCAAUUUCGUGCUCGCAGUCGAAGUUCUUUGGAAUGCUCGCUGAAUCGUACAUUUACUUUGUUCGGGCCCAAAUUGAGUUGGCAUUUGGAAGGUUUGAGAAUGCAGUUGCAGCAGCUGAAAAGGCUUGUCAGAUUGAUCCCAGAAGCAUUGAAGUUACACUGAUGUUGAAGAAUGUAAAACUGGUGGCAAAAGCCCGUUCCCUUGGCAAUGAUCUAUUCAAAGCAGGCAAUUUUAUUGAAGCUUGCUCUGCUUAUGGCGACGGGCUUAAAAUUGAUCCUUCCAAUUCAGUUCUUUACUGCAAUAGAGCUGCUUGCUGGUUAAAACUUGGGCAAUGGGAAAAGUCCGUUGAAGACUGUAAUCAAACCCUCAGAUUUCAGCCCAAAUAUACGAAGGCCCUUCUUCGCCGGGCAUCAUCAAAUGACAAGCUUCAGCGAUGGGUUGAAUCAGUUAGGGAUUACGAGGUCUUGAGGAGGGAACUUCCAGGAGAUAAGGAAGUUGCUGAAGCGCUGUUCCACGCUCAAGUUUCAUUGAAGAAAUCCCGUGGGGAGGAAAUUCAUAAUUUGAAGUUUGGGGGCGAGGUAGAGGAUAUAUAUGACCCUGAUCAGCUUAGAGCAGCGAUAUCUUCACCUAGUGUUUCUGUGGUUUAUUUUGUGGCACCAUCUGAUCAGCAGUGUGAGCAGAUGUCACCAUACGUCAACUCAUUAUGCUCCCGAUACCCAUCUGUGAAUUUUCUAAAGGUGGAUAUCAAAGAGAGUCCUGCUUUAGCAAAGGAAGAGAACGUAAUCGUUGUUCCGGCAUUCAAAAUAUACAAGAGCGGCAAAAGAAUAAAAGAGAUGAUAUGUCCUAUCUAUCAACUCUUAGAGCAGGCGGUGAGGCAAUACAGUAUGUAAAGAAGGACAUAGUUUUACGACGCCCAUGCUGUUUCUAAUUUGUUUGCUCUGCAAGCUGGUCGAAUACCAGGCAUGAUUUUUGCCCAAAUUUCAAUACAAGGAUGUUACCAGUUCAUAUUCACAAACCCAGCUCAGCAAUAAUUCCAGAAUAGAGUUGAAGGUCACAAGAAGUAAAGAAAAGAACGUAGAGAGAAAACUUAGUUUCUGUUGCAGUUUUUCAUUCAUUCUUUCCAUUUUCAUUGCUCUCUCUGCACUGGCUCUACAUUCCUCCAUCCCUUUUACCCUUUUUUUUUUUCCUUUUUCUUUUCUUUCUUCUUUUUUUAUCCGUUCGCAUUUAGGCCAGCCUCAUAUUCUUGUAUCUACACCUUACCUAGAGAAAUUGAAAGAGAUGUACCAUUAAGGUUGGGGGGUUUUAGUUAAAUUUGAGCGGGAAGGAGGGAGGGGUAGAAGAGAGGGCUGGUAGAAGAAGAGAAUAUUAUGUACAUGUACAAAGAAUGAAAUAUACAAAUACCGGAAGCAAUGUAAGAGAGAAAGAGGGAGAACACUGGGUUUGUCUGGUUGGUGUCAUUGGAUCGAGGAUGAUCAUAUUGAUGUUGUUGUUGCUUUUACUCCCCCAUUCCUUGAAUAAGAAAAAUAUUAUCAAUUUUUUUUUA